UACUCGUCCUUCUUUGUUUGGCCAUUGGCAUUGGGGACACGGAUUUUUUUGCAUUCUUUGUCUUCACCACGUCCGAUCGAUCGUUCCGUCGCACCUGUGCUCGCGUUCUCUGUGUAUUGCGUUACCAAAGCUAUAGUGGUUGGCUUUAGAAUAGAUGUGGAGGCUUGAUCCAACCUGCAGUAAAAGUGACCCAGUGUUUUUUAUCCAGCCAACUACUACGUUUUGUAGUAUCUUGCUGCACUGCCCUCCCUAGUGAUAGUCAGCUCAAUUCUCUACGCAAUGCUGUCCCCCGAGCUGCUGAGGGGCUUGGAUGCCCAUAAAUAUAGCUGUAGUGGCCGCUCCCUUACUGAGCCGGCAUUUCAAAUCUACUGGAACUGGCUGGUGUUGCUGAUGCCACGAUGGCUGGCACCAAACCUCAUCACGUUUAUUGGGCUGCUGUGCAAUUUGUUUGGAAGUGGUGUGUUACUCUGGCACACUCCCCAUUUGACGGAGGCCGCGCCGUGGUGGGCCUACGUCACUGUAGCAGUGAGUCUGUUUAUUUACCAAUCUCUGGACGCCAUCGAUGGGAAGCAGGCUAGGAGAACGAAUAAUUCAUCGCCACUCGGCGAGCUGUUUGACCAUGGUUGUGAUGCGUUGUCCGGCGCUUUCCUAACUCUAUGCACGUUGAGUGUGCUGCGCGUUGGUGACAUGCCUUUAGUGAUGCACUCAUCCCUGAUGCUGGCACUGAGUGUGUUUUAUUCGGCACACUGGCGUGCAUACACGUCGGGAACCCUGCAGUUUGGCCUCAUCGAUGUCACCGAGGCACAGCUGGUCAUGAUCAUUGCACAGCUCGUCGCCGCAUUCGCCGGCCCAGACGUGCUGACGAUGCCGGUAUUCGGAGUCAGUGUGUCGCUCAUUGUGGUCGCGGUGAUCAACGUCAGUGGCGGAUUGGUGUUAGUCAAUAACGUCAUCCAGUCAUUCAGAUCGCGUAACACUGGCCACUGCCGUUCCAAUAGCUGGUUUACACCAGCCAUUCCGUUUGCAGUGUUCAUCACGAGCACUACUUGCAUGCUGCUCACGUCACCCGCUGACAUUGGUGUGGUUGAGCCUGCUCUUGUUGGCGUCUUCUACGGCUGCAUCUCGGCGCAGCUUGCAUCUCGACUCGUCGUGGCGCACAUGAGCAAGACGCCAAUGGAGCUAUUCGACACUUGUCUUGUCCCCAUGUUCUGUGCCCUUGUGAACACUCUUCUGGGUGCACCUCUUCCCGAGCGACCUGUUGUCAUUGUAGCUGCCUUGGUCGCUGCUGCCAACUUGUUUGGAACUGCCGCGAUUAUGUGCCGGGAAAUUGCUCAGCACAUGGGAAUUUAUGUGUUCACGGUUGGCAAGCGAAACGACUGAUUGUGCUGCUCAGUUUUAGUAAAGUGCUGCUACCCUUCAUCUUCCUGUUUCCCUUUCGUUCCCCAAUCUUUUGAGGCGACGUGUUGUUCGGAGACGGGUGAUUGUGAGGUGUGCAGUUGUCGACGUUUGCAGUCCUGCUCACCCGAUUGUGCCUUCUACUACUGCAGCUGUUGGCACUCUCCAGACGCUCUUAGCAGCAUCCGUUUUAGCUCCAUAGUGUAGCUCGCUGUUGCGCUGUACUGUACUUGACUGUCUUCAGAUCAUGAUCACUCGUGCACGUCCUGUGCACUUGACAACACAGACGUGUCAUGUAUCGAUUUUUUUUAAUGUGCAGGUGGCUCAUCAGCAUCUUGAUAUCCGACAUCACUGUUUACCACCCCCUCCCCGCUCCCUGUUAUUUAUUCCCGUACUACACUGUUGUAGUAGGUUACUGCCUUAUUUACUUGGACACAACAUGAGGCCAUUCAUCAUUACGUCUUCGUCACGUCCAAUUUCCUUGAAGAGCAUUGAGCAAAGAAGGAUGUGUAGCUCUUGAUUUGUCAGCACCUGGCAGAGCACCUAAGCUAUCUUGAAGAUGUUGCCACCUUUGUACAGCGUACAUCGCAGACUCAACUCUCCGAAGCUGCUGCUUGUUUGCUUUGCAGGUGUUCUUUUGGACAUGUCCCGUUUUUACUCACAUUAAUCUCUUCCCCUUGAUUUUAAAAGGCUUUUUUAGUUGCCUCUGGUAUGUACUUUACCAGUACAUGAUUAUUAUUAUCCUACUCCCCAGAAAACACCUUUCCAGAUGCUCUAGACUUCUAGUUAGUACUAUCAUGGUCUUGUAGCUUGAUCCAUCUUGUUUGUGUCAAUAACUCCUGCUCGGCAGUGAUUUUGUGAAUGUGG